AUGCGAAGGUUGCAUUCUGAUACUGCCUUUGCACUGGUCGUGGAAGGCAAGUUCAAUCUAGUUUUGGAGCCAGUGGUGCUGACAGAUACAAAUCUGGUUUAUCCUGCUCUGAAAUGGGACCUGGACUACCUCCAGGAAAACAUUGGCAAUGGGGACUUCUCAGUGUAUAGUGCCAGCACGCACAAGUUUUUGUACUAUGAUGAGAAGAAGAUGGCCAAUUUCAAGAACUUCAAGCCCAAGUCCAGCAGGGAAGAGAUGAAGUUCGCUGAGUUUGUGGACAGACUUAAAGAAAUACAGCAGAAAGGGAGUGCUGAGAGGCUAUACCUGCAGCAAACUCUGAAUGACACAGUUGGAAGGAAGAUUGUAGUGGAUUUUCUUGGCUUCAACUGGAACUGGAUUAACAAGCAGCAAGGGAAACGUGGCUGGGGUCAACUGACUUCUAACUUGCUUCUUAUUGGCAUGGAAGGGAAUGUGACACCAGCUCAUUAUGAUGAGCAACAGAACUUCUUUGCUCAGAUUAAGGGCCACAAGAGAUGUAUCCUGUUCCCUCCUGAUCAGUUUGAGUGCCUCUACCCUUAUCCUGUGCACCAUCCAUGUGACAGGCAGAGCCAGGUGGACUUUGACAAUCCUGACUACGAGAAGUUUCCGAACUUCCGGAGUGUUGUUGGCUAUGAAACAGUGGUGGGUCCAGGCGAUGUGCUCUACAUACCGAUGUACUGGUGGCACCACAUUGAGUCUCUCCUGAAUGGGGGAAUUACCAUCACUGUGAACUUCUGGUACAAGGGUGCCCCUACCCCAAAGAGAAUUGAAUAUCCAUUAAAGGCUCAUCAGAAAGUGGCGAUAAUGAGGAACAUUGAGAAGAUGUUGGGAGAGGCCCUAGGAAAUCCACAAGAGGUGGGUCCCUUGUUGAAUAUGAUGAUUAAGGGACGGUAUGACUAAUGCCUGGCUGCCUGGGUGACUGAUGUUGGAGCUGCUUUGUUCACAAGCAAUGGAAGAUACUGAGCGCUAGUAUUGCACGCAGCACUUAACAGACUGAUGGGUUUUCUGGCCCAUCCCUGCCCCACUACAAUAAAGGGGGCUACUGGAACUGCAGAACCAUUAGUACCCCAUCCAUCCUCCACUCUCAUCUAACUGAACCUCCCAAGAAAGAGUCUGCACUUAUUGGAAGCUGGAUUCAUGCUCACUAACUUGUUUUUUUUUUCCCCCUUCCCUCUGCCCUGUUUGCCACAACGAGGAGCAUGGCUUCUGGCACUCAGAUAUGUUGAUUAAGGAUUUUCAGGCAUUUGAAGAAGAGCUUGGAGGGGAACCAAGAGUGGUCUUGUUUCCUCAGCCUCCCAGAGUUUGGGCUCCCUGGCUGGGUUUAUGUGCUGGUGCCUGCAGUGGAUAUAAGAUGUGAAAUGUUAGAUUUCACAGUCCUCUGUUGUUAGAGGACCUGUCCAUGCUCAAUUCUGGCACCUUUUUGUGUAGUGGAAAUGAACACGUGAUGGCCUAUGUGUGAGGAGCAACUGGACAAAUGAUUCAAUUCCUUCAACUCAAGACGCUUAUGCUUGGGACUUUGAUAUAGAGUAGAGAGAUCAGAGUGAAUUCAUCUGGUAUGUGAGCACCGAAUCCUAUGCUCUGCAAAUGACAUCCCUGUUGUAGGAGUAUAGAUAAACCACCUUCCUUCUGAUAGCAGCUUUCUCUGCACAGUGAAGGCUUCUCUCCUGCUGUUUUGAAGCUGCAAUAGGAUUAAAAGGAGAUAUAGCAUUAUGAAGGGAGAUGCAUAAACACUUGGGCGCUCUUCAAGUCUUGGAUGUUUAAGUUACGUUUUAAAAGAAAUUCUCCAGGGAUGCUGAGCUAGAAUGUCAAAAUGCCAUGUCAGAUAGGUACAGAGCCUCACUUCUCCCCACCAGGGGGUGCCGGCUCCUUGGACUAACAUGGGAAGUGCCCUUUUUUCUGAAACUGCAAGAACUUGAGUGUGUGUGGCUGCGCGCAGGUGCGUAUGUUUGUGUGAUGUAUGGCUCCUGUCCAUCAGGCGAAUUCAUGCCAGUGUGUGGUUCCCUUUCUUGUAGUCAUGUGAAAGAGGUCAGGCUUUCUGUUUAAGUGUGGUUAAGUUCAUAUUCAUCCUUUCUUUGUUCUGAGACGUGACAUAGCAGGCCAGGAAGCAACAAAAAACAGGGCGCAGGAGCUAGAGGAGCCUCUGUUUAGAGACUUCAGCAGUAACCCUGAAAAGUCCGUUUAUGCAUUCUUCCACCUCCUCCAUGCAAAAGCCUUAGGCUCAUGUGAAGACUGACUUCUUUUCCCUACUGUGCACUGCCUUGCUGUUCCUGGUUUGGGGGGUGGAGCAAAGGAGUUGUAUAUUUGGUGUGGUUGUAAUGGGUCCCAGGAGCUAGAGGUAGGAGAAGCUGUUUCAUACCCCAUCUAACUCAUCCCAGAGACUAAUGGGCGAUUGUUCAAUUGAGUCUUCCCAGUGCUUUCUCCUUUGUUCUUCAGAGCUUGUUCUGACAUGAGUUUUUGAUAAAUGUGUUGAGAAGAUACUGCUGAGGAAGCACUCUGUAUCUUUGGCUUCAGGUCCCACCUUGUGCUGAGAGUGCUCCUGUACCACUUGCUGUGAGCUUCUCUUGCACAAAGGUGGAAGACUUCUCUAACGGGAAUUCCCAAGGACUUGUUCUAUGACUGAUUUACAGGUCAGAAGAAAAAAUGAAGUGUAACUGGCAGCUGCAGAGCCCUUGUUACAAAAUAUGUCUGUGUCACUGAGUAAUCUGACUGCCAUGUUACUUGUUGCAGACUCUAUCCACAGCUCUGGUUAGAUUCAUAGAAAGGUCACUCAGCUGGAUGCUUAUCAAUGCCCAGCCUUUGGGCAGGUGAGAAAGAAGGCUGGUCUGCUGACUCUGGCCAAAAACAAGGCCUUCCCAGGAAGCUGGAACACAUGCACAGCCACUGACGUUGGUUAGAAGAUGUUCAAGUGAAAUCCCAGCUCUGUGCUACUUAUUUAGCACAUGAUAGUUUCAAGUACUAGUUGUUAGGCACCAUCAGCUCUUGAAGCUCAGGGUGGCAGUUCACAUCCCUUGUGGAGAGAGAAUGGUACAUGUGGAACUUAAGGAUUUUUUUUUUCUUUAUUUGCCAAAGGUCUAACUUUUUAAGUGUCUGAACUGUUUUCGCUGCACUUGACUUUGUGAAAGCUCAUUUACAAUGCACUGAUGGACUGACUCUCCCCUUCCCUUUUCACCUUGUGCUUUCGAUGCCCCUUGCCAUGGUAUUGGGAAGCUGUGUGUGUUCUAUGCUAGGGGUGUGUGUGCAGGGGGUGGGGUGUGAAAAACACACGGUACCUUCUGAAGUGUAGUUCUUAAAUACAACCAGUGUUGAACA